UCGCUCUCUCAAACUCGGCCCGAUCACGUGGCCGAUCUCCAGACGACCCUUCCGGUGCGUCAAAGGUCACGUGCUAGGAGUGGCACGAGGCAGGCGUUCUCGAGCCCCGGAAACUCGAUCAGCUUCUUGAUGUGUUUUCACCAGUUAUAACAAUCGGUCCGCUUUCUGCUUGAAUGGUUAAAAUGACACGUUCAAAGUGCAAAACUUGAGAUGCUUUGCCUUAAUAAAGACGAAUGAGCGUUACAUCAAGUCUUAUUAUCCUACCUAUGAUUCGCUGCAUAUCCAUCAAAGGAGGGGUUCGCGUCAUUGGCCAGCAGGAAACAGUACAGCAAUGUGGCGAACGCUGACCUUUUGUACACAAAUUACAUUACCAUCACUGGUUUUUACAUCUACCUUUCUUUAGCUCUGAACUAGGGAGCAAAACGGCCCAACGAUCUUAUUUUGUGUUGUUCAGACUCGGCCAAACUGCCUCGGCUCCGCCACAUCUGGUCAGCCAAGGCAGGCAAUCAAAAAUCAACUUGUUCCCACUCCACCUGUUCAAAAAACUAUUAAUCUGCAGCCUUCCAAUAAAAGGCUUGGCUUUCACUAGGGAGCCAAUAGAGAUGCAUUAAAGCUGCGAGAGCCCGGCCAAUCCAAGACGGCAUUCUAAUGUGGCCUAUCUUUAUCAAGGUGCCACUCCAUUUCAAGAUCCUGCUUAUUUAUGACCGCUGAGGAGAGAGCUAUCUGAUAAAGGAGGAGCUAUCUGUCUUCAGGACCAACUGCAAAUUCUUCUUUCCCGAGGGGUUCGGCUGUAAUUGGAACCAUGGAAUUAUCCCAAAAAUUAUCUUUGGUUGAGAACAGGUGAGAGGAGGCAGUGAGGAGGGCUUUUCUACCAGACCACUGUCCACUGCUUUGGUACCAGCUUUUGUAUGCCUGGGACUUAGGGGAAAUUGGUAAAAAAAAAAAAAAAAAGUAGUUAUACCAGCGAUUGUUCUCAUCGAUUUGUAAAAAUUGACAGACCGUGAGUGUGUUCGUAGAUCAGUCUAGUAUUUCUGAGAAAGUGAACGCCUGGGGGCCCAACUGGGGGCUCUACCUGACUGGACCUUCCUGGGUGAGACGUGGAGGCAGAAUCACUUCCCAUGGAUCCAAACAUCCAGGGGUCUUUCCUGUUCAACAACGGCCUCAACCAGUUUCCCUCGGAUCUCAAGGCACCGGUGUGCCAGUACUCCGUGCCCAACUCCUUCUAUAAACUCAACCCUUGCCUGAACAGCCAACUACCAGCGGGGACCCCUCACGGUAUCACCGACAUCCUCAGCCGCUCCAUGGUUGGUAUGGGUUCGACGGCCACCACUACCCUACUGUCCGGAUACUCCACCGUGGGGGGCUUCGGCCCAACCGUCACCGGUGCAGGGAUGUACUAUAACCGAGACUACAACUCUUCCCUGGGUGGCUUCGCCAAGCCCGGCACCGAUUGCCCCAUGAAGGGUCGCAGCGUCAAUUGCUGGGCAGAGGGCGGAUACGACUGGAGAGGAGGGAGGCAGCAGUGCACUAACAACAGCGGUCCUCUGGGGGAGAUGUCCGGCCGGAAGAAACACACCAGGCCAACUUUCAGCGGACAUCAGAUAUUUGCCCUGGAGAAAACCUUUGAGCAGACCAAGUACCUGGCGGGGCCCGAGAGAGCAAGACUAGCGUACUCCCUGGGCAUGACCGAGUCACAAGUCAAGGUGUGGUUUCAGAACCGUCGUACCAAGUGGAGGAAGAAGAGCGCCUCCGAGCCGAGCUCCACGCAGGCCAGCCACGGAGGCCAGGGAGGCGAGGCCUCCGAGAACGAGGUGGAGGACGAGGAGUACAACAAACCCCUGGACCCAGACUCCGACGACGAGAAGAUCCGGCUGCUGUUGCGCAAGCACCGCAGGGCUUUCUCAGUCCUGCGCCUUGGACCUCACCAUGUCUGACACACACACACACGGACACACACGCACACACGCGCACACACGCACACACACACACACACAACCCCUUAUCAGAAGUGCAUGUUAUAGCAAAAGGUAUGAAUAUAGGUUUUUAAGCAUGUUCGAAAAGAAGCCACUGUGUGUUUAGCCUACAAAAGGACGUUGCCGAAGAAGACACGACCAAUCUGAGUGGAAGGUGGGCGCUGUGGAGGGAGCUAGAAAGACGUUUACGUUGUCGAGCCGGUCCCCCCCAAAACCCGGCCUGUUGUUUUCUAACCCUGCGACACGGCGGCGUCACCGAGGGCAGCACACCUGUCUUAGGGAGCUGUUGCCGGGUAAGUAGUGUGAGCUUGCAGAAGUGACUGAGCGGUUCCGUUAUUCCCCAGCGUUUUGCGUUACAGCCGGCUGCGUUUGUAAUCAGCGACGAGAUUUAAUCGGUUUUGUGUUUGUUCGGACUCUCUCGCAGACUGUGCAGUUCACGUGCAACACAUACAGGCCCUCUCGCCCCAUCAGUCU